UGCAUCGCGGCGCUGGUCGUACCUACUUGUCAGCUUCUCAGGCUUUAGCUCCAGCAUUAGCCUUCAGUUCGGCUCAUUCACAAAACUAAAAACUCAAACAACAAAAAGAUUGAUUUGUUAUUUGAUUCACUUCAACUUCAGUGUAUCGUUUUCUGUAUUUCGUUUUCGUAUUUGAUUCGUUGUCUGUCGUUCGUUCGUCGCUGUCAUCGCUGCUCAGCUCAACUCGUCGUCGCUGUCGCUGCUGCUGUCGUCUUCGUCACGGUGUAGCCGUCGUACUCGUCUCGUGUAGCCGAGCCGCCAUCUGCCCGCGUGAAAAUAUAUUACAAUAAAAAAAAAUAUAAAGUGAAUUAAUUUUUUAUUUUAAAACCAAUGUGCAGCGCGCUGCUCGAGUUGAGUUUCGUUUUACCCGCGAACCGGAGAAUUACACACGCAAUUUGUUGCUGCCGCCCUUAAAUCAAAAAACCUUUACAAAAAAACCCUUCUUUUCGAGUCAAUUUUAUAAAAUAGAUAGUUUUCGGUUUUAUUUUUCGUUUUUGUUAAAUUAAAUCUUUUUGCUGAAUUCUCUCUUCUUUCGUGUCCAAGAACCAAGGAAAGGAAUUUCACAGUUACGUGCAUCUUCAACUUCAAGUGUUCAUCAUCGAUAAUUUCCAAUUUGUAUUCUUAGAAAAAAAUUAAAUACACAUUUUCAACCCACACGCACGGAAUAAACGAUAUUUCGUGCAAACUUUAGACUUCAAUUGGAUUAAACGCAUUUAGUCAUAUUCUAGUUUCAUUUAUAUUUAUAAGAUAACAAAAAUAAUAUCAAACAAUGGCGGUCAUGUUACACGAAUUGUAUGAUUGGUACAGAGACCUUAUGGACAAUCGCAGUGAUCCCCGAGUAAAAGACUGGCCAAUGCUUUAUUCACCAUUUCCCACACUGGCACUAUGUAUAUUCUAUGUUUAUUUUAGUAAAUCUCUAGCACCAAAGCUCAUGGAGAAUAGAAAACCAUUUAAUCUUAGGAAAGUUUUAGUAUAUUACAAUUUAUUCCAGACGAUAUUUAGUGCGUGGAUAUUUUAUGAAUAUUUACAAAGUGGAUGGUGGGGUGAAUAUAGUUUUAAGUGUCAACCUGUAGACUACUCAACAAGUCCAAUGGCAAUGCGAAUGGCUCGCACCUGUUGGUGGUACUACAUAGCUAAAUUCACAGAAUUCUUUGAUACGCUAUUUUUCAUUUUGCGCAAGAAAACGGAACACGUAUCAACAUUGCAUGUCAUUCAUCAUGGUUGCAUGCCAUUUUCAGUUUGGAUGGGCAUGAAAUUUGCACCAGGUGGUCACAGUACAUUCUUUGCGUUACUUAAUUGUUUUGUACAUAUUGUCAUGUAUUUCUAUUACAUGAUUGCUGCAAUGGGUCCACAAUAUCAAAAAUAUAUUUGGUGGAAAAAAUACUUAACAACUUUCCAAAUGGUUCAAUUUGUUGCUAUAUUCACACAUCAAUUCCAAUUGCUAUUUAGAGAAUGUGAUUAUCCAAAAGGAUUUAUGGUAUGGAUUGGUUUACAUGGAGUUAUGUUCCUAUUUUUGUUUUCGGACUUUUACAAAAAUAAAUAUACAAAUGCUGGACGUAGGGCAAAGGCUGCUCUUAAAAUGAAUGGUCAUACAAAUGGUACAAUUUCAAAUGGCAGUGCGAAACAUGAAAUGAGCAAUGGCAGCAAUAAGGGUGCUUGUAUGCCCGUUUUGGAUGAUGACGAUAACAGCAACUGUAUAAAUAAGACUUCAAUAUCCUCAACUAAUGGUCAUGUUGGCAAUGGAUAUAAAAAUGGCUACACUAAUGGACAUGCCUACAAAAAUGGUGGCGCUGUAUCCUCGAACACUAAUAUCAUAGGCGAUAGCAGUAGCUCUAGUCUGCAUCUUAGACAAGUCAAAUAACUAAAAUAUUUAGCUAGAAAACUAAGUUAACUUACCUGUGUAUUUAAUUAAAAAAAAAAAAAAAAAAAAAACAACAAAAAUAAUUAUAAUAAUUACAAUCAUAAUCAUAGUUCUAAAAAUGGUAUCAACAACAAAAACAAGUGUCUACAAAAAUGUUUACCAUUUCAAUGGUUUGGCCGGGAUUAGGCGAAUCACUUUUGUCACCAUAACUCACCCAAAAUAUCACACACUUAAUUAAUUUGUUUAAUUUCCAAAUUCACCAAAAAAAAAACACCGCAUAAACUUUUGGUUUUUAGAUUAGAUUACAUAAAUUUCAUUUAAUUUCCUUCAACCAUACUUUAAAAAGAAAAAUAACAAAUAUUUUUUGACUAUUCUACAAUAGAAAAUAGAAACAAAUAAAAAUUAAUUAAAUUAAUGCAUUACCAAAAAUUUAUAUAAAAAAAGAACAAGAAACAAACCCACUAAUAAAAUGUGCAGAAAUGUUAAUGUUGUGUUAAGAAGAAAGAAAAACAAUUUUAAAUUUAGUUAUUUUUUUGUUUGUUUGUUUGUUAUAAGUAUGAAAAAUAAAAUAAUUUAAUUAUUAUAUAUAUUUUAUACGGCAAAGCAAAGCUACACAUAAUAUAAACAUAUAUUCUAAAUGCUUGUAAUUAAUUUGUUGCCUUUGGUUGUUGUUUUAUUGUUUUAAUGUUAAGCAAAGGCUUAGAAUGAUGAUUAUUAUUAUUAUGUAUUUAAAAAAAAGAAACACAAAAACAAACUUAAAAUUAAUGAUUUUAAAAAUCUGUCUUUGAAAACAUUUAAAUUAAAAAAUGCAUUUCUUGUUUGAUAUAACUUUAAAAUUAAUUAAUAAACAAAAAGAAAGAAACAAACAAAAAAUUAUAAUGUAUGACCGUGUGUAUGUACAAUCAAUCGAGUUUAAAAACAACAACAAAAAAGAAAAGAAAAUAAUUAGUUCUAUGAUUAAUUAUUAUGGGCGAAAUAUUUUUCAUUUCGCUGGGGCGGGUGAUUUUGUCGUGUUAUUCAGGGAAGAUAACUUUACUUUAUUUUGUUUUGUUUUAAAAAAUACGUACAUUUAACAAAAUACAAAAAUCAAAGCUAUACUAUAUUUGUGAGAAUUAUUAUUAUAUAAACAAAAAAAUAAAUAAAUGGAAUGGAGGGAUAAUGUACACACCUAAGUAUGAUAAUUUUUUUUAAUAGUUAUAUAAUUAUAAUAAUGUAUAGUAAUUUCUUUUUACCUGUAUAAAUAAGUUACUGUGUAUCUUAAAAAAAAAGAAAAACAAAAAAUAAACUAAACUUAAAAUGAAAUAAGAAGUAAAGGAAGCAAAUAUAUUUAUAUAAAUAAA